AUGGGUGACAUCGAGAAGCCCGAGCUCCCCAUUGAGCUGGAAAAGGGCUCAUCGCAUGUUGACAAGUCCGGCAUCGAGUAUGAGCGCGCCCAGCUCCUGGCCAACCUGCCAGACCCUGAUGCCGGCAAGACCGACGAGGAGCGCAAGGCGAUUGACAAGAAGCUGAUGAGAAAAGUCGACUUGUGGCUUAUCCCCUGGCUCUCGCUGCUGUACCUCCUUUCUUUCCUUGACCGAACAAACAUUGGCAAUGCUCGUUUGGAGGGCAUGGAAUUUGACCUGGGGAUGGUCGGUGGAGACUAUAACAUGGCCCUGACCAUCUUCUUCAUUGGUUAUGCCGUCGCUGAACCCAUCACCAACGCUCUGCUGAAGCGAUUGACACCCCGUAUCUUCUUCACCGGCAUCAUCGUCGUCUGGGGUAUCAUCAUGACCCUUAUGGGUCUUUGCAAGAACAACGCAGGUCUCCUUGCUGCUCGCUGGUUCCUCGGUAUCGCCGAGGCUGGUCUCUUUCCCGGUGUGAACUACUACCUCUCUUGCUGGUACAAGAGUUCCGAGAUCGGUGUGCGCUCCUCCCUCUUCUUCUCUGCCGCCGCCCUCGCCGGCUCCUUCGGUGGUCUCCUCGCCGCUGCCAUUGCCAAGAUGAAGGGUGUUGGCGGCAUGCCCGGCUGGGCCUGGAUCUUCAUCAUCGAAGGUCUCGCCACUACCCUCGUCGGUGUCUUCUGCUGGUGGAUGGUCUUUGACUGGCCCGAGACGGCGACCUUCCUCGAUGAGGACGACCGCAUCCGCGUCCAGCGCCGCCUCAUCGCGGACCGCCAGGGCCGCACCGCGGAAGACUUUGACAAGCGCCACAUCUACGCCGCCCUCAAGGACUGGAAGACGUACGGCUACAUGGUCAUCUACGGCGGCUGCCUCACCCCCCUCUACGCCUUCUCCCUCUUCCUCCCCACCAUCCUCCGCGGCAUGGGCCACACGGGAACCCAGGGCCAGCUCCUCUCCGUGCCCCCCUACGCCGUCGCCGCCGUCUGCACCGUCGCCAUCGGCUUCUUCGCCGACCACACCCGCUACCGUGGCUACUGCAACGUCUUCACCGUGCUCAUCGGCGUCGCCGGCUUCGUCAUGCUCCUCGGCUCCAACAACCUCCAGGUCCAGUACGCCGGCACCUUCCUCGGCGCCGCGGGCAUCUACCCGACCAUCCCCAACACGCUCUCCUGGCUCAACAACAACACCGAGGGCUCCCUCAAGCGCGCCUUCGUGCUCGGCAUGGUCGUCGGCUGGGGCAACCUCAACGGCGUCGUCUCUUCCAACAUCUACCUCACCCGCGAGAGCCCGCACUUCUGGACCGGCCACGGCGUCGUCCUCGGCUACCAGGUCGUGUGCCUGCUCGGCGGCACCAUCUUCAUGCACUUUGCCCUGCGCAGGAUGAACGCCAACCGCAAGGCGGGCAAGAUGGACGCCAGGUGGGCAGCCUUGUCGGAGGAGCAGCGCUGGAUCGAGGGUGACUUGCGCCCGGACUUUGUGUACACUCUGUGA